CUUGUGAUUUUUUACAUCAAAAUUAUUUAAAAACACAUCGAGAUGGCUGAAAAACUAGAAGACUUAAAUUUGCCAAAUGCUGUUGUUACAAGGAUAGUAAAAGAAGCUUUGCCCGAUGGUGUCACAGUGGCCAAAGAAGCUAGAGCUGCUGUUGCUAAGGCAGCUUCUAUCUUCAUACUGUAUCUUACAUCUUCAGCAAAUGUUAUUGCAAAGAAAAGCAAUAGGAAGACAGUUAGUGGAACAGAUGUCAUUCAAGCAAUGGAAGACAUUGAAUUUGAACAAUUUGUGGAGCCACUCAAUGAAGCUCUUGAAAACUUUAAGAAAAAUCAAAAAACUAAGAAAGAUGCAGCUGCAAAGAAAAAAGAACAAACUAAAGAGGGUGAGGACUCUGGAGAAAUGAUUGAAGAUGAAUAGUUCUAAUUUAAUAAUUAAAUCUACACUUAAGUAUUAUAAUACUAAAUGAAUUUAUGUAUUUUUUAUACUGUUUCAAUAAAUUUUAGUCUUAUUUUUUAAGGGAACAAUCAUAAUUUAUUUUGAGCAAAAUACCUAUUAUGAUGGUAUUUUAUUUCACAGCAAAAAUAUUGCAGAUAAUAUAAAAAAUUAUUAAAAACACUCAUGCGCUAAGAAUAACUAUGAUAAAAUUUCUCAAAUUUGUCACAUG